AAAGGAGUAACGUAUCUUCCGAACUAUGUAGGAUAUAUUUACGAAAAAUCGAGCAUUUGUAUUACAAAUUCGAUCCUAGAGUAUUACAGCAAAAAGCUGAUCCUCUCGUAGUACCCAAAGACGAGAUGAACUCCGUGCAAGAAAUGGAGAAACUAUGCAAAUUUAUCUACGCAAAAGAUAGUACUGACAGAUUGAGAACUAGAGCUAUUUUGUCCCAUAUAUAUCAUCACGCUCUGCAUGACAACUGGUUCCAAGCAAGGGAUUUGGUAUUGAUGUCACAUCUACAAGAAACGAUUCAGCAUUCUGAUCCCAGCACACAAAUUUUGUAUAACCGGACAAUGGCGCAUUUGGGAUUGUGUGCAUUUAGACACGCUAACAUUAAGGAUGCCCAUAACUGUUUAGUUGAUUUGAUGAUGACUGGAAAACCAAAGGAGUUACUGGCACAAGGUUUGCUUCCAUAAAGACAACACGAACGCAGCAAAGAACAGGAGAAAAUCGAGAUACAGCGUCAAAUGCCCUUCCACAUGCACAUCAAUCUCGAACUCUUAGAAUGUGUGUAUUUAGUCUCCGCCAUGUUGAUCGAAAUCCCGUAUAUGGCUGCGCAUGAAUUCGACGCCAGACGCAGGAUGAUUUCUAAGACCUUCUAUCAGCAGUUGCGUUCUUCCGAACGUCAAAGCUUAGUGGGACCUCCGGAAAGCAUGCGAGAGCACGUCGUCGCGGCGGCUAAAGCAAUGAGGAACGGCAAUUGGGCGGCAUGCAACACUUUUAUCAUUAACGACAAGAUGAAUGCCAAAGUGUGGGAUCUAUUUUACCAAGCCGACCAAGUUAGAUCCAUGUUGACGAAAUUGAUAAAAGAAGAGUCUUUGAGGACGUAUUUGUUUACCUACUCCCACGUUUACGAUUCAAUUUCGAUGGCCACUUUGGCGGAAAUGUUCCAGUUGGGCAAACCCGUCGUGCAUUCUAUUAUUUCUAAGAUGAUCAUUAACGAAGAAUUGAUGGCAUCUUUAGACGACCCGACUCAAACUGUUGUAAUGCACAGAAGCGAACCAUCCCUUCUACAAUCUUUGGCUUUGCAACUGGCGGAUAAAAUCAACAAUUUCGUCGAUUCCAACGAAAGAAUAUUGGAAUCCAAACAAGGAAACUUCUUCCUAAGGGGAGCAAACCAGGGCAAUUUCCGAGGAGAUAGGCAGAACUACCGCGGAAAUAACCAAAACUGGGAUAGGCAACGUCGAGACAGGGAUAGAAAGGAAAAAGAUAAUUAUUAAUAAACAUAGAUCUUUUGGUAUUCUAU